AUGUACCAUCCACUCAAACAUCGACACCCUCAAAGCCUUCCGACAUCAACCACUGAAGGCUACAACGAAGAAGAACGCACGAUGACAUCCGUGCAGUUAUACUACGAAGAGGCCCCGGCCUUCGACUGGAUAGGUUUCAUUGCUGGUGACAAUGGCAGUCUUGACCCACGGACACUAAAAGUCCACCAGGUGGCCCCGAGAUCCCGCCACCUCUCCGACGCAUCCUCGGAAUCGGAAGAGACUCAAUCUUGCGCUUCCUCAGAGCGGUCAUCGCUUGAUUCAUUCCGGAUAGAGUCUGGUCCUCUGUAUCUGGAACACGAACCUCCCUUCCCGCGACCAACUAGCGAGUCCACCCUCUUUGGGCUGCACAACCAGAUCAGACGUGCACCACGCAAUCUGAGCUGUGCCGACUCGUUCGGGGAGGAAGAUACAGAUUCGCUCGAUACGUCGUCCACGGACACCGAGUUCGAGAGUUCUCUGUUUCCGUUCUGUGGGCGUGUGCCAUCACCGUCCGAGGAUUCAACCGCGUCUUCCCACAUCUCUUCUUCUGCCUCCUCGUCCAAGCCCGUUGAGUCUCAGUGGUUCCCUCUUCUGGUUGGACGAGUUAUAAAGACAAAGACCCACAAGGCAUGUCGGGCCUUGAAGAAGAUGCUG